AUGACAAGAAAAUCCCUUAUUUGUUCUUUGGUUCUUGUGAUGAUUGUUUCUUUCGUUAUAAUUCAUGUUUGUGGUGAGAAUUUUCAUGUUAGGAAAAUUUCCAAUGGAAACCAUCAUGAAACAAUACGUAGAUUGCAAUCAUUGAAAGCCUCGUUAACAAGACAUGAUUCCAUUGCUUCAACUCCUUCUUCUUCCUUCUCUCAUUCUCCUUCACCUUCUUCUCAGCCAAGUGAGGGUAUGAACAAUCCAAGAGUAUUCUAUGUGACAUCUUAUGGUGCAGACCCAACAGGAAAUUCAGAUAGUACUGAAGCUAUCCUUGCAGCCAUAGCAGAUGCAGCCAAUGUUUUAAGUGAAGGACAUUUGAUGGAAGGCAUCAACAACCUUGGAGGUGCGCAGGUUAAUCUCGAAGGUGGAAAUUACUUGAUCCGCCGGUCACUCAUGCUUCCGGUAUCCGGCGUUGGUAACCUCAUGAUACAUGGAGGAACAUUAAAAGCCUCAGAUGAUUUUCCUAUAGAUGGCUAUAUUAUUGAUUUAUCAUCAACCUCUUCUAAUGAAAAGGAUUCCUACAAUUUUGAAUACAUAACUCUCAAGGAUCUUUUAUUAGAUUCAAACUUUAGAGGAGGGGGCAUUUCAGUCAUAAACUCACUCAGAACAAACAUAGACAACUGUUACAUUACACAUUUCACAACAAAUGGAAUUUUAGUCCAAAGUGGUCAUGAAACAUACAUAAGAAACUCGUUCCUCGGCCAACACAUAACUGCGGGAGGCGAUAAAGCCGAAAGAAAUUUCUCAGGAACAGCGAUAAACCUCCAAGGUAACGAUAACGCUGUCACGGAUGUUGUAAUUUUCUCGGCUCAAAUAGGAAUCAUGGUCACUGGUCAAGCCAACAUAUUUUCUGGUGUACAUUGUUACAAUAAGGCCACAGGAUUCGGCGGGACCGGGAUUUAUUUGAAACUACCUGGUUUAACACAAACAAGAAUUGUGAAUUCUUACAUGGAUUACACUAGUAUUGUUGCUGAAGAUCCUGUUCAACUUCAUAUUUCUGGUAGCUUCUUCCUGGGUGAUGCGAAUAUUGUGUUGAAAUCUAUGAAUGGUGUCUUAAAUGGUGUUACUAUUGUUGAUAACAUGUUCUCUGGAUCAAAUCAAGGUGUUGAAAUCGUUCAUUUGGAUAAAUCAAAUAGUCCUUUUCAUCAAAUCGAUCAAGUUAUUGUUGAUAGGAACAUUGCAAGAGGAAUGAGUUUAAAGGCAACGGUUGCGAAAAUGUCUAUGCAAGGGAAUGGAACUUUAUGGAAUGUUGAUUUCAACAACGUUCUUCUUUUUCCUAACCUUAUUAAAAAUGUUCAGUACUCAUUGAGUUCAACAGGUAGGAGUUUUCCUAGACAUGCGAUUAGGAAUGUGUCGGAUAAUCGCGUUGUGAUUCAAACGGAUAAAGUGGUUACUGCGAAUGUUUUCGUCAUGGUGGAUCAGAGUAUGGUGAAUUGA